CGGAGGCCGAUUGGCUGAUUUUGCCGGUUAGGGACAGGUAUCGACAGCCGCUGAGGAGCGUGUGGGGGGCGGGGAGAAGGAGAAAACGGGCCUCGGCGGAGAGAAGGCGCCUUGGAGGCUGAGGCGGCGGCGGCGGCGGCUCCUCCUCUGAGGGGGAGGAAGGAUGGAAGGGGCCGGCCGGUCUCCGAGUAUUUUGUGAAGCCUUCUUCUGUCAUCGGUGAUCUGACGUGCCGCCACCAUGUCGGGAACAGCCAUCAUCCUUCAGCAGUUUGCCACCGGCCUCAAAAGCCGUAAUGAAGAAACUAGGGCGAAAGCGGCUAGAGACUUACAGCAUUAUGUCACGAUGGAGCUCCGCGAGAUGAGCCAGGAGGAGUCCACCCGUUUUUACGAUCAGCUGAAUCAUCACAUCUUUGAGCUGGUUUCUAGUUCGGAUGCAAACGAGAGGAAAGGAGGCAUUUUAGCCAUAGCAAGCCUCAUUGGCGUCGAGGGGGGCAACGCCACCCGCAUCGGCCGCUUCGCCAACUACUUGAGGAAUCUCCUUCCCUCCAAUGACCCAGUUGUCAUGGAGAUGGCUUCCAAAGCCAUCGGGCGUCUUGCCAUGGCUGGGGACACUUUCACGGCUGAAUAUGUGGAAUUUGAAGUCAAGCGGGCUCUGGAGUGGCUUGGAGCUGACAGGAAUGAAGGCCGGAGGCAUGCAGCGGUCCUGGUCCUGAGAGAGCUGGCAAUCAGCGUCCCCACCUUCUUUUUCCAGCAAGUCCAGCCGUUUUUUGACAGCAUCUUCGUGGCCGUGUGGGAUCCCAAGCAGGCCAUCCGCGAGGGAGCGGUCUCCGCCCUGCGCGCCUGCCUGGUCCUCACCACCCAGCGGGAGUCCAAAGAGAUGCAGAAGCCACAGUGGUACCGACAAACCUACGAGGAAGCUGAGAAGGGUUUUGAUGAGACCUUGGCCAAGGAAAAGGGGAUGAACCGUGACGACCGGAUCCAUGGCGCCUUGCUGAUCCUUAAUGAGCUGGUGCGCAUCAGUAGCAUGGAGGGAGAGCGCCUUCGGGAAGAAAUGGAGGAGAUCACCCAGCAACAGAUGGUGCAUGACAAAUACUGCAAAGAUCUGCUGGGCUUUGGGACCAAACCUCGCCACAUCACCCCCUUUUCCAGCUUCCAGUCCAUCCAGCCCCAGCAGUCGAAUGCCCUGGCUGGGCUGCUAGGGUUUAGCCCUCUCUCGGGGAUCAUGGGUUUCGGUGCAUCGCCCAUCCCGGCCAAGUCCACCUUGGUAGAGAGCCGGUGCUGCAGGGAGCUGAUGGAAGAGAAAUUUGAUCAGGUGUGCUAUUGGGUUCUGAAAUGCCGAAGCAGCAAGAACUCGCUGAUCCAAAUGACGGUUCUCAGCUUACUGCCACGGCUGGCUGCCUUCCGCCCUUCGGCCUUCACAGCUGAUGGAUACCUUCCGGACACAAUGAACCAUGUCUUGAGCUGUGUCAAAAAGGAAAAGGAGCGGACGGCUGCCUUCCAGGCCCUGGGCUUGCUCUCGGUGGCCGUGCGGACCGAAUUCCAGGUUUACUUGCCCAAGGUCCUAGAGAUCAUCAAGGCCGCCCUUCCACAGAAGGACUUCACCCACAACAGGAGGCAGAAGUCCAUGCAGGUGGAUGCCACCGUCUUCACUUGCAUCAGCAUGUUGGCCCGAGCCAUGGGGCCUUCCAUCCAGCAAGACAUCAAGGAGCUUCUGGAGCCCAUGCUGGCCGUGGGGCUGAGCCCUGCUCUGACGGCGGUACUCUACGACUUGAGUCGCCAGAUCCCCCAGCUGAAGAAGGAGAUCCAGGACGGGCUCCUGAAGAUGCUAUCCAUGGUCCUCAUGCACCGGCCUUUGCGCCACCCGGGGAUGCCCAAAGGCUUGGCCCACCAGCUGUCGUCCCCCAGCCUCACCAACAUCCCCGAGGCCAACGACGUGGGGAGCAUCACCUUGGCUCUCCGGACGCUGGGCAGCUUCGAGUUUGAAGGCCACUCGCUGACUCAGUUUGUCCGGCACUGCGCGGACCACUUCCUCAACAGCGAGCACAAGGAGGUCCGGAUGGAGGCGGCGCGGACGUGCUCCCGGCUGCUCACCCCCUCCAUCCACCUGAUCAGCGGUCACGCCCACGUGGUCAGCCAGACGGCCGUGCAGGUGGUGGCGGACGUCCUCGGCAAACUCCUGGUGGUUGGCAUCACAGAUCCAGACCCUGACAUCCGCUACUGCGUGCUGGCUUCCUUGGACGAGCGGUUCGAUGCCCACCUGGCCCAGGCGGAGAACCUGCAGGCCCUUUUUGUCGCUCUGAACGACCAGGUGUUUGAGAUCCGGGAGCUGGCCAUCUGCACGGUGGGCCGGCUGAGCAGCAUGAACCCCGCCUUCGUCAUGCCCUUCCUGCGCAAGAUGCUCAUCCAGAUCUUGACCGAGCUGGAGCACAGUGGGGUGGGCAGGAUCAAAGAGCAGAGUGCCAGGAUGCUGGGCCACUUGGUCUCCAACGCCCCGCGGCUGAUUCGGCCCUACAUGGAGCCCAUCCUGAAGGCAUUGAUUGUGAAACUUAAAGACCCAGACCCUGAUCCUAAUCCAGGGGUCAUCAAUAAUGUCCUGGCUACUAUAGGCGAGCUGGCCCAGGUGAGCGGGCUUGAGAUGAGGAAGUGGGUGGAUGAGCUUUUCAUCAUCAUCAUGGACAUGCUCCAGGACUCUUCCUUGCUGGCUAAGCGGCAGGUGGCGCUCUGGACGCUGGGUCAGCUGGUGGCCAGCACUGGCUACGUAGUUGAGCCUUAUCGGAAAUACCCGACUCUCCUGGAGGUCUUGCUGAAUUUUCUGAAGACAGAGCAGAACCAGGGCACCCGAAGAGAGGCUAUUCGUGUUCUUGGGCUUCUGGGCGCUCUGGAUCCGUACAAGCAUAAAGUGAACAUUGGCAUGAUCGACCAGUCCCGGGAUGCUUCGGCCGUCAGCCUGUCGGAGUCUAAAUCAAGCCAAGAUUCUUCUGAUUACAGCACCAGCGAGAUGCUGGUGAACAUGGGGAACCUCCCUCUGGACGAGUUCUACCCUGCCGUCUCUAUGGUGGCUCUCAUGAGGAUCUUCCGGGAUCAGUCCCUGUCCCACCAUCAUACCAUGGUGGUCCAGGCCAUCACGUUUAUUUUCAAGUCUCUUGGGCUCAAGUGCGUGCAGUUCCUGCCUCAGGUCAUGCCCACCUUCCUCAACGUGAUUCGGGUUUGCGACGGCGCCAUCCGCGAGGUCAAAGAAGAUGGUGACAGUGUGCUGGGGAGAAGAGCCGAGUUCCUGUUCCAGCAGCUGGGAAUGUUGGUGUCUUUUGUGAGAAGUCAUAUUCGACCCUACAUGGAUGAAAUUGUCACCCUCAUGAGGGAUUUCUGGGUGGUCAACAGUCCCAUUCAGAGCACAAUCAUCCUCCUCAUUGAACAAAUCGUGGUGGCCUUAGGUGGGGAGUUCAAACUCUACCUCCCGCAGCUCAUCCCUCACAUGCUGAGGGUUUUCAUGCAUGACAGCAGCAGCACCCGCACCGUCUCCACCAAGCUCUUGAAUGCCAUCCAGCUGUUUGGCGCCAACCUGGACGACUACCUGCAUCUGUUACUGCCCCCAAUGGUCAAGCUCUUUGAUGCUCCAGACGCCCCACUUUUGGUCCGCAAAGCUGCCUUAGAAACUGUGGAUCGCUUGACAGAGUCUCUGGAUUUUACUGAUUACGCUUCUCGGAUCAUUCACCCCAUCGUGCGAACUCUGGAUCAAAGCCCGGAGCUCCGGACCACUGCCAUGGACACGCUCUCGUCCCUGGUCUUCCAGCUAGGAAAGAAGUAUCAGAUUUUCAUCCCAAUGGUGAACAAGGUCUUGGUACGCCACAGGAUCAACCACCAGCGCUACGAUGUCCUCAUAUGUCGGAUUGUGAAGGGCUACACGCUUGCCGAAGAGGAGGAGGAUCCCCUGAUAUACCAGCACCGCCUCCAGAGGAGCAGCCAAGGAGAGGCCCUCGCCCGCGGCCCAGUGGAAACGGGCCCCAUGAAGAAGCUACACGUCAGUACCAUCAACUUGCAGAAGGCCUGGGGAGCCGCCCGGAGAGUCUCCAAAGACGACUGGCUGGAGUGGCUGAGACGCCUGAGCCUGGAGCUGCUGAAAGAUUCGUCCUCCCCGUCCCUGCGCUCGUGCUGGGCCCUGGCCCAAGCCUACAACCCUAUGGCCAGAGAUCUGUUCAACGCCGCCUUCGUCUCCUGCUGGUCUGAACUCAACGAAGACCAGCAAGAUGAACUGAUCCGCAGUAUUGAGUUGGCGCUGACCUCCCAAGAUAUUGCAGAGGUCACCCAGACUUUGCUGAACCUGGCGGAGUUCAUGGAGCACAGCGACAAGGGGCCGCUGCCGCUGGGGGAUGAUAAUGGUGUCGUCUUGCUGGGCGAGCGAGCGGCGAAGUGCCGUGCGUAUGCCAAGGCGCUGCACUACAAGGAGCUGGAGUUCCAGAAGGGCCCCACGCCGGCGAUCCUGGAGUCUCUCAUCAGUAUUAACAAUAAACUGCAGCAGCCUGAGGCGGCUUCGGGGGUGCUGGAAUAUGCCAUGAAACACUUCGGGGAGCUGGAAAUCCAGGCCACCUGGUAUGAGAAGCUUCACGAGUGGGAAGAUGCUCUCGUGGCCUAUGAGAAGAAGAUGGACACUAACAAGGACGAUCCGGAACUGAUGCUGGGGCGGAUGCGCUGCCUGGAAGCCCUGGGGGAGUGGGGGCAACUACACCAGCAAUGCUGUGAGAAAUGGACCUUGGUGAAUGACGAAACGCAGGCGAAAAUGGCCAGGAUGGCAGCAGCAGCCGCUUGGGGCUUAGGCCAGUGGGACAGCAUGGAGGAGUACACGUGCAUGAUCCCGAGGGACACCCACGACGGUGCCUUCUAUCGGGCCGUCCUGGCGCUGCAUCAGGACCUUUUCUCGUUGGCCCAACAGUGCAUCGAUAAAGCUCGAGAUCUCUUAGACGCUGAGCUGACGGCCAUGGCGGGAGAGAGCUACAGCCGUGCCUAUGGGGCCAUGGUCUCCUGCCAGAUGCUGUCGGAGCUGGAAGAAGUCAUCCAGUACAAACUCGUCCCCGAGCGACGCGAGAUCAUCCGCCAGAUCUGGUGGGAGAGGCUGCAGGGCUGCCAGAGGAUUGUCGAGGACUGGCAGCGAAUCCUUAUGGUCCGGUCCCUGGUCAUGAACGCCCACGAGGACAUGAGAACGUGGCUCAAGUAUGCCAGCCUCUGUGGCAAGAGUGGGCGGCUAGCUUUGGCCCACAAGACCCUCGUGCUGCUCCUGGGGGUUGACCCGUCCCGGCAGCUGGACCACCCUUUGCCGACGGUGCAUCCUCAGGUGACCUACGCGUACAUGAAGUACAUGUGGAAGAGCGCCCGCAAGAUCGAUGCCUUCCAGCACAUGCAGCUCUUUGUCCAGACGAUGCAGCAGCAGGCGCAGCACGCCAUCGCCACCGAGGACCAGCAGCACCGGCAGGAACUCCACAAGCUCAUGGCACGGUGUUUCCUAAAACUGGGCGAGUGGCAGCUGAACCUGCAGGGCAUCAACGAGAGCACCAUCCCCAAAGUCCUCCAGUAUUACAGUGCCUCCACGGAGCACGACCGCAACUGGUACAAGGCUUGGCACGCAUGGGCGGUGAUGAACUUCGAGGCGGUUCUGCACUACAAGCACCAGAACCAGGCCCGGGACGAGAAGAAGAAGCUGCGCCACGCCAGCGGGGCCAGCGUCACCAGCGCCCACACGGAAGGCAGCAACAGCGAGAGCGAGGCCGAGAGCACAGAGAACAGCCCGGUCCCGUCUCCUGCCCAAAAGAAAGUGGCAGAGGACUUGUCCAAAACGCUCCUGAUGUACACCGUGCCGGCCGUCCAGGGCUUCUUCCGCUCCAUCUCCUUGUCCCGAGGAAACAACCUGCAAGACACUCUCAGAGUCCUGACUUUAUGGUUCGAUUACGGCCACUGGCCAGAAGUCAACGAGGCCUUGGUGGAAGGGGUCAAGGCCAUCCAGAUAGAUACUUGGUUACAGGUCAUCCCUCAGCUCAUUGCUAGGAUUGAUACGCCUCGGCCUUUGGUCGGCCGACUGAUCUACCAGCUUCUGACAGACAUCGGCCGGUACCAUCCGCAGGCUUUGAUCUAUCCUUUGACGGUGGCUUCCAAGUCGACCACAACGGCACGACACAACGCGGCCAACAAGAUUUUGAAGAACAUGUGCGAGCACAGCAACACCCUGGUCCAGCAAGCCAUGAUGGUGAGCGAAGAACUGAUCCGCGUGGCCAUCCUCUGGCACGAGAUGUGGCACGAGGGGCUGGAGGAGGCCUCCCGCCUGUAUUUCGGGGAGAGGAAUGUGAAGGGGAUGUUUGAAGUGCUGGAGCCGCUCCACGCCAUGAUGGAGCGGGGGCCUCAGACCCUCAAAGAAACCUCCUUCAACCAGGCUUAUGGCCGAGAUCUGAUGGAAGCCCAGGAAUGGUGUAGGAAGUACAUGAAAUCAGGAAACGUCAAAGACCUCACCCAGGCCUGGGACCUCUAUUACCACGUGUUCCGGCGCAUCUCCAAGCAGCUGCCCCAGCUGACCUCUCUGGAACUCCAAUAUGUUUCGCCCAAGCUCUUGAUGUGCCGUGAUUUGGAGCUGGCGGUCCCAGGGACGUACGACCCGAACCAGCCGAUCAUCCGCAUCCAGUCCAUCGCUCCGUCACUGCAAGUGAUCACAUCGAAACAAAGACCGAGGAAACUGACUUUAAUGGGAAGCAACGGCCAUGAGUUUGUCUUCCUCCUAAAGGGCCACGAGGAUCUGCGUCAGGAUGAACGAGUGAUGCAGCUUUUCGGCCUGGUGAACACGCUGCUCGCCAACGACCCAACAUCCCUUCGUAAAAACCUCAGCAUCCAGCGCUACGCCGUCAUUCCGCUCUCGACAAAUUCCGGGCUGAUCGGCUGGGUGCCCCACUGCGACACGCUGCACGCCCUGAUCCGGGACUACCGGGAGAAGAAGAAAAUCCUGCUCAACAUUGAACACCGCAUCAUGCUGAGGAUGGCUCCGGAUUACGACCACCUCACUCUGAUGCAAAAGGUGGAGGUGUUCGAGCACGCAGUCAACAAUACAGCCGGGGACGACCUCGCCAAACUUCUGUGGCUGAAGAGUCCGAGUUCAGAGGUGUGGUUUGACAGGAGAACGAAUUACACCCGCUCGCUGGCCGUGAUGUCGAUGGUCGGUUAUAUUUUGGGCCUUGGAGACAGGCAUCCGUCCAACCUUAUGCUUGACAGGCUGAGCGGCAAGAUUUUGCACAUUGACUUCGGAGAUUGCUUUGAGGUUGCCAUGACCAGAGAAAAGUUCCCAGAGAAGAUUCCUUUCAGGCUGACAAGGAUGUUGACAAACGCCAUGGAGGUCACUGGCUUAGAUGGAAAUUACAGAAUCACGUGCCACACUGUGAUGGAGGUCUUGCGGGAACACAAGGACAGUGUGAUGGCGGUGCUGGAAGCCUUUGUCUAUGACCCUUUAUUAAACUGGAGGCUGAUGGACACAAACACGAAAGGCAAUAAGCGAUCCCGCACACGGACGGAUUCCUAUUCUGCUGGCCAGUCAGUAGAAAUGUUGGACAGCGUGGAGCUGGGCGAAACGGCUCAUAAGAAACCAGGGACCACCGUGCCGGAGUCCAUUCAUUCCUUCAUCGGGGACGGUCUCGUGAAGCCGGAGGCGCUGAACAAAAAGGCCAUCCAGAUUAUCAACAGAGUCCGGGAUAAGCUCACAGGGCGGGAUUUCUCCCACGACGAGACGCUGGACGUGCCGACCCAGGUGGAGCUGCUCAUUAAGCAGGCGACCUCUCAUGAGAACCUUUGCCAGUGCUACAUCGGCUGGUGCCCUUUCUGGUAGUGGCAGAUUUGUGACACAUCAUCCACAGAGCCUUUCCUUCGGAGGAGAGGUCUUUGCAUUCUGGACUCGCUCCUCACAAAUUGGACGGAGGGGAACGGGAGAGAAAAAAGAAAACCCCAAAAGCCUGAGCACUGGGAACAGAGGGAGGCGGCCGUUUGUCAAAUACUUCGAACUUCACAUGAGAAAACUGUAUAUUAAAAGUCGUUUUACGCUGGCGCACUGCUGCCAGGGCAGGAGGGCGGGCGAGCGAGCGGCGAAGAAACACACUUGGUGGUUGGUUCCAGAGUGGUUUAAAACAAAAUGGAAAAUCAGUCUCUGGCUAAUUUCGCCUUCAAAGGCGUGACUUGUCAAGCAGGAGGGGGACGAUUGUGUUUCUCUCCAGAGGAAAGACUUCCGACAGAAGCGGGACGUGGACGGCGCUGGUCAAGCUGUGCCGACUUCACUUCCCCGCCCUGGGUGGCUGACCUCGCCUGUUUUGAUGCCUGGCCGCCCCCAGACCAGGACUGGCCCUUGUGAGGACCACCCCGUUGCCGCAUGUUUUCUGACUCCCGUGGGCCCGGAAAGGCCCUCAAGGGGAGGCUCCCUGUGACACUCCCUAGAAGGUCAGCGUCGUCAUCGUAGGAAAGGGAUACGGCAAAAGAGCCGCCGUGACGACCCUGUGGAGGACGACUCCCAUAGAGGCGCUGGGCAAGGAGGGAGUGGAGGGAAGCCUGGCGGUUGAACAGGGAACCCGUCAGGGGUUUGGAAAAAAGGGGGGAGAGUCACACAGGAGAAAUCAGUGGGUGCCUAAAACACUAGAAGUGGGUGGGGUGGGGUGUCUAACAUCAUUCUUGUUAUUAACAAAACCAACACAUGCUGAAGAAAGCAAAGCGCACAAUGUGUGCCCAUGUUUGAAUGCCUUGUUGUGGUCUAAAACAUUUUUGUGCCAAUAAAGUACCUGAAAACA